ACGAACCGGGCAAGGCCUUAUCUAGCCAACCAAGUUCACGGUAAUUGGCAACCGUCGAGUUUGAUUUCAGUUCAGAGACGGUGGCAGAGUGGUACGCAAAUGAGCUUAGCGCUCCUCCAAGGCUAUUCUUCUUCAGAAGAAGAAGCAAAAGCUCAUCAACAAGACCAUGAGCUUCUCCACCGCACCUCAUCCGACGACGAAGGCGGCGGCGACGACGAUGACGACGACGAAGAAGCCUCUGCCGCCUUCAAACGCUCCAUGGCCGACAGAUCCCUCUUCGAUCUCCCCCAAGCUAGCGCCUCCGGCCUCCCUUCCGCUUUCGAUGCCUUCUCCGAGGUUUCAGGACCGCCUGGGUUUUUGAAAAAUUCUGUUGAGGAGUAUGGUUCUUCUUCCACCGGAGACGUGGAUCAGCAGCUUGGGAUUGGCAGGCAUGGUCGCCGCAGGAAUCGAAAGGACAAGAAAGAUCUACCUGCUGGUGCUGUAAUGGAAUCAAAAGCCCAACUUGUGGGAAUACAUGAACGAGUUAGAAGUGAUAUAGAGGGUAGACAACCUCCAUCAUCAACAGUUUCAAGCACAACACAAGGAGGCGAGCGCGUGGUCUCUGCAGCCAAUCCAAAUGCAGAGGAUGCUGCGGAGCUACUGAGGAUGUGUUUGCAAUGUGGAAUACCGAAGACAUUCUCUAGUGCACGAGGAAUGGUAUGCCCAGUAUGCGGCGAUUGUCCUCCAGCUGACCCGAGCAAUGAGACGAAGAAGAAGGGUUCUGCCAUCAAAGACAAGGAGAAGAGUAAAAGGAUGAAGGGUCAAUCUUCUCACGCUACAUGGAAAAGUGAAACGGAGAUGCAACUUCGGCAGCAGUUCGAUUAGCAGUGGCGAACGAUCUGGGCACUCGGGGGACCUAAUCAACAAGCAUGGGUCUUGUUCUUCUUCAACUUCGCCAAACAGAGAAGCACGGCGAACCAACUCUUCCCCACAACGGCCCGAUUUAGCUUUCCUCCACAGCGGCGCGAGCCAAAUUUCUCCCGUGACGGUGCAAUCUAGCUCUCCUCACGUGCGACUUUCCAAGGCAGCACGAAUAACGUUCUUCGCUGUUUUCUCGUCCAAACGGCAAUAACAAAUUAUCAUUUCAUCAACUCUCGCGGCUGAGCUCUGUUGGUGGUGAUCUAGUUGCGACCCCAUGGUUCUCAACCCCUUUGCCUGAGCUCCAUCCAGUCUGAGGAAAUCUCACAGCUGAGCUCCAUUGGAUUCACGCCUAGAGGGUUGAUCACCGUAGGCAAGAUACGACGACAGUGGGCACAGGGUGUGAGAUCCUACAGUGAUGACAUGCAGAGGCCGAGCUACCGACGGCGAGGGGACCGCGGUGGCUAUGGGGAAGAUUCAGUUGUGGCCGCAGAUCUAACUUUUUUUUGGAGAACAAAAGUUGUAAUAACAUGUGGGAGGUUGUAUAUUACUUUAGUGCACUUUCAUAUUUUUUCUACCGUUGGAUUUAUAUUAGUGUACCCCAUCGGUAAGGGAUUUUUCUGCCCCCCAACAUAGGACAUUCCCAUCAUUAAAUAGUGUGGGAGAAAAGUGUGUGAGUUGGUUAAAGAGGAAAAUGGCACUUAUAUAAAUAUGUAUAUAAAAAAUGGUUUAUUAUCGUGCUUGUUUGAAAAGUUUAAGUGAGACGUGUCAAAAGA